AUGUCAUCGGGUUUCGUUUCAGCCGGCACAAAUGAGCAACCCAUCGAGCGGGACGAUGAGUGGCUCCGAGCAGAACAGGAGCUGGAGGAAGAGCGGAGGCGGAAGGCCGAGCUAGGAAAGCAGGAGGGCGGCAAAAGUCUCUUCGAGAUAUUGGAGCGGAAUAAAAUGGCCAAACAAGAAGCUUUUGAAGAGAAAUCCCGUCUCCGGAACCAAUUUCGCUCCCUCGACGAAGACGAAGUCGAAUUUUUAGAUUCCGUUCUCGAGUCAACGCGCGCCCAGGAGGCCGCUGUGAAAAAGGAGACGGCGGAUCAACUUGAAGCAUUCCGCCGACAGCGCGAGGAGGCGGAGAAGGCUCUACUUGAGUCCGCCUCGUCGGAUGCACCCGGGCAAGGAAAAGGGCAAGGAGAAGAUUGGAUUGCACUGGCUCGCAAGAGACGGCGCGAUAAACAAAGGGACUUAUUGAUUCCAGGGAAGAAGCGCAAAGCUUCAGCUACAGAGAAUGCCGCUGGGAAGGACACACACAACGGGAAAGACUCGCAGAAACAAGAUGACGCUGGGAGCUUGAGUACCAAGAAGCUGGACCAAGGGACUUCUAAGUCUGAUGAAGCCGCAGCUGCAGCGUCUGCAACGGCAUCUCAAACCACAAAUCCCGCCACGCAGGCCGAGGUCGUGACAGAUACAGAUAAACCGCAAGUAAAGACCAAAAGCCCGACGAAAUCACCUGCGGUUUCGCUUGGAUUGGGGGGAUACAGUUCGGAUUCAGAAUGA